UAUAGCAGACACAAAGCACCCGACUUAUGCGAUACGCAGUAUAUGUAGAAUGGAGGUGCGUAAACUCUGGGUGCAGGAGGUUAUGUGUCUCUUAUCAACUUCAAUGAUUGUCAACACAUCAGUUAACACCAGUCGUGAACCAAAUGUCAAAAACACCACUCAAAGUUCAAUCUAUCUUCCUGAAUAUCCUAGUGGUAAGGCGGUAGAUGGCUGUAAAACACAAAUAUUCGACAGCAACAAUUGUUGUUCACAUACACAGACAGGUCAAAAGGAAGCAUGGUGGCAAGUAGAUCUAGAAGAACUUAUAAUGAUGGAACACGUCAAAAUUUAUUACAGAGGGAAAAAAUACGAUCAAGAUUAUGAGCAAAGACAACGAUUUGGUGGCUUUCAAAUAUACCAGUCGAACACUUCGGAUUGGCGGAAUGGUUACCUUUGCUAUAAAGACACAACAUCAACGUCGGCCGCGUUGUCUUUGAUUCCCCAGAUCCCAUGUACAGGUAGCGCCCAGUACCUGACGAUAUACAGCGAUAGACGGUCAGGAGGUCUAGAGUGGUACUCUACAAACGCUUAUCUCGAGCUUUGCGAGGUAGAAGUUUACGGUUGUCCACUUGGGAAAUAUGGUGAUGAUAAUUGUGAUUCCGAGUGUGGUGUAGGGUGUGCCAAUGGCCUAUGUGAUCCAGUGACCGGAAAAUGUGCAUCGUGUACUCCCGGGUAUUAUGGAAGCCAUUGCAAUCAGACCUGUCCGUUCAACUGUAAAGACAACCGAUGUAUGCAAAGCAAUGGCAAGUGUGAAG